UCUUCAUCUUCAUCUUCAAUCAUCCAAUCCCUACCUCUUCAUGUGUCUUUCGAUCGUGGGUAUUACUUGUUGGUAAAAUCUAUUCAAGAACUUAGAGAAAAAAAGGAAGGUCGUGUAACAGUUGGCAUUGGUGGUCCAAGUGGGUCGGGUAAAACAAGCUUAGCGGAGAAGGUAGCAUCUGUGAUUGGUUGUAUUGUUGUAUCGAUGGAGAACUAUCGAGUUGGGGUUGAUGACGGGAACGAUUUGCAUUCAAUAGAUUUUGCUACUUUAGUUCAAAAUCUUGAGGAUUUGAUAAGUGAUAAAGAUAUAGUGACUCCAGUAUUUGAUUUCCAAGAAAAAAAACAUGUUGCUUCUAAAGCAAUAGAGAGUUCAUCGGGGGUGGUAAUAGUUGAUGGUACCUAUGCUCUUCAUGCAAGAUUGCGCUCCUUGCUAGAUAUUCGAGUGGCAGUGGUUGGUGGUGUUCAUUUUAGUCUUCUUUCCAAAGUUCAAUAUGAUAUUGGAGAUUCUUGUUCAUUGGACUAUCUUAUCGAUAGUAUUUUCCCAUUGUUUAGAAAGCAAAUCGAGCCUGACAUUCAUCAUGCUCAGAUCAGAAUUAAUAACAGCUUUGUUUCAUCAUUUAGAGAGCCAAUCUACAAGCUCAAAUGCAAAAGUGAGCAGUCACCAAAUGGACAUUCAGCCUUUAAUUUACAUGGGAAGGAGGUGAUAAUGGAUAAUUUUAUUGAGAUGUACUUAAGGCCUCCAUCUGCUAGCGAAGAAGCCCGAAUAAAUGAUUGGAUUAAGGUGCGGCAAUCUGGUAUCAGAUAUUAUCUAUCACUGGGUGACCAGAGGAUUGUUGACAAAAAUUACAUUAUCCGGCCAAAAGCUGAGUUUGAGGUCGGACGGAUGACCCUCGGUGGAUUGCUGGCUUUGGGGUACACUGUUGUAGUCAGUUAUAAACGGGCAUCUACCUCAGUUAGCAAUGGCAAUGUUUCAAUAUCCCUGGAAACCAUUGAUUCUCUGGGUGAGACAUACUUGGUGUUGAGGGGCACAAAUAGGAAAACGGUUGGAGCAGAAGCAUUGAGGAUUGGUGUAAAUGGGCCAUGGAUCACUAAAUCAUACCUUGAAAUGAUUCUUGAAAGAAGAGGUGUACCACGCCUUAAUACACCACCACUUUUGUCUGAUACAUCUGCCACUAUUGUUCAAGAAAGGUUGAUUGCUGCACCAAAGCCUCUUCGAAUUGCUUCGAACCUUGUGUUUGAAGAUUUAUCUCAGCCAUGGACUCGAUCCCCAACAAAAUCCCAAAUGGAACCUGUACUAGCAACUUGGCAUUUCGUCUCACCAGAUCCUCCACUUGCUGGUGGCUCUGUCACUGCUACAGAUCCUUCUUCUUUCAGGGAUGCCCUGCAGCUUGCUCCAAUGCCUGAUUCAUAUGACUUGGAUAGGGGAUUGCUUCUUGCUGUUCAAGCAAUACAGGCUCUGUUGGAGAAUAAAGGUCUUCCAGUUAUAGUUGGAAUUGGCGGUCCAAGUGGGUCUGGAAAAACUAGUUUGGCUCGCAAAAUGGCAAAUAUUGUUGGCUGUGAAGUUGUUUCCCUUGAAAGCUAUUACAAAUCUGAUCAAGUAAAGGACUUCAAGUAUGAUGAAUUUAGCUCUCUUGAUCUAGCGUUGCUUUCAAAAAAUAUUGAUGGCAUAAGGUACUCGCGAAGAACAAAAGUGCCUAUAUUUGAUUUGGAGACUGGCACAAGGAGUGGCUUCAAGGAACUUGAAGUUUCUGAAGAUUGUGGAGUGGUCAUUUUUGAAGGGGUUUAUGCUUUGCACCCUGAUAUCAGAAAAUCACUAGACUUGUGGAUUGCUGUUGUUGGAGGUGUUCAUUCACAUCUUAUUUCUCGAGUUCAAAGGGACAAAAGUAGAGUUGGGUGCUUUAUGUCCCAAAAUGACAUUAUGACGACAGUGUUUCCAAUGUUCCAGCUGCACAUUGAACCACUUCUUGUUCAUGCACAUCUCAAAAUCCGUAAUGACUUUGAUCCUGUGCUUUCUCCUGAGAGCUCAUUGUUUGUAUUGAAAAGUUACAAGCAAGUGACUUAUCAAAACAUAUUAAGAAUCCUUGACCGUACAAAGCUAUGUAGUUCUGUUCAGAAUUUUAUUGACAUGUACUUUAGGCUUCCUGGAAUACCUGCUAAUGGCCAGUUAGAAGAGAGUGACUGCAUAAGAGUUAGAAUAUGUGAGGGAAGAUUUGCAUUGCUGAUACGGGAGCCCAUAAGAGAAGGGAAUUUUAUUAUUCAACCGAAAGUGGAUUUUGACAUCAGCAUCGGUACAGUUGCUGGCCUUAUUAACCUUGGGUAUCAAGCUGUCUCUUACAUUGAAGCAACUGCAUAUAUCUACCAAGAUGGAAAGGUUUUAUUACUUUAAUGCUUUAAUGGGCAAAUCUUUUAGUUUGAAUAGUAUACUUAUUUGGUCAUUCUUUUUCGAAUACAAAAUGGGCUUUUUGCAUAUAUUCCAAAAUUUUCUUAAAUGCACUAAAAUUCGUUGUGUUGAUAAUGGUGAACUCUGUUAUAGGGAUAUGUAUAUUUGCCAGUUGUUAACAGCUGUACUACUGUUGUAUUGUUUGAAAGCAUCAUUUUGUAUUGCUUGUGUACAUGAAUCCAUGCAUGCAUGGUCAUAAGCAUCGACAAGAAUACUUAAAUGAUGCUUGAAAACAUCAUUUUGUAUUGCUUAUGUACAUGAAUCCAUGCAUGCAUGGUCAUAAGCAUCUACUUGAAUGCUUAGAUGAUGCUCUCUGUAAGAACUAUGCAUGGUCAUAAGUCGACUGUCUUUGACUCCAUAAAAGAAAAAAGUUGGUUCUCCCAUUGAGUUUGUCUAUGAGCUGUGGGGAACUGAUACAAUAAUUUAAAAUUGUAUUGGCUCACUUAGAUUUCUUCUGACUACUCACCCAUCUCAACAUUUCACAGUACACAUUUUUUUUGUACUCAUUUUAUGAUGGUCCGAAAUUCUAUACCACAAUAUACAAAUGUUAAUAGGUAAAGCUAGAGUUCAGUUCCGUAGUGGCAUGGUAUGUCAAUCACAUUAACGGAAUUGACCUUGUUAGUUUUCUAUGAGGUGAUCUAUAUGUUGUGGUAUAGAGUCCCCUGUGCGUCCCAAGUUACUCACAGCUCCUUAGUUUUCUAUGACAUUGUUAGUUUUCUGUGGUCAUCUAUAUGAUUGGUGAUUUUGAUAAGAAUAAAUAUUUUAUGACAUAUAAUAAAUAUAUAAAAUUAUAUGCUUUGCACGUAUCUUCCAUGCAUCCUACAUUUUUUGAAAAUGUGUGUUUGUGUCGUGUCGUGUCGUGUCACGUGUCUGUGUCCGUGAGAGAUUUGAAAACAGUUUGUCAGGUUAGAGGUGGCAAUAUUUGUCGGGAAGGGGAAGAUGCCCUCCUUGGGACUAUUAUUUCUAGUCUACCAACAUAUUACGUGUUUUCACUGACAAUCAUGAUUUUUUUCAAUGGAACCUGUGAGAUCUAUUUGCUUUUUUUAUGACUUAUUCAACCUGAAAACUGCUACCUUCGUGUUCAGAAAUCAGAACCAUCUCUCAAUCAAAGAUCAAACUCAAUAAAAGCAAUUCAAGCCCAAUACGGUAAGCACAUUUAGGAAGACAAUGUAACAAAUAAACAUAUAAAAUCAUAUGUUUUGCACGUCUCCCCCAUGCAUCCUACAUUUUUUGAAAAUUUGUGUAUCUGUGUCGUAUCAUGUCUCCAUGUCGUGUCGUUUCCGUGCCUGUGCCUGUGCCUGUGAGAGAGAUUUGAAAGCUGUUUGGCAGGUUGGAGGUGGCAAUAUUUGCCAGGAAGAGGAAGUUGCCCUCCGUGGAACUAUUCUUUCGUGUCUGCCAACAUAUUACGUGCUGCUUGAGCCAUGUCUUUGUAUAAGUGAAACUUUAUUAGUAUUGUGCAUGAAGGUUCUAGACUCCAUAUCUUCUUUUAAUUAUCUAUUUCUUUAGAAUAAACCCAAAGUGGUAUUAUUGUGUUCUUAACUCCCAACAGUACUGACUGGUAAAUGCUUUCUUCAUUUAAUGCAAUUUUUCUUAGAUGUUUUUGAACCUUAAUGUUCUUUUGUUUUCUGUAAAUACUACUAUCAUCUUGCUAAAUAACAUUGAAUUUCUAAAUUAUAUCAGUAAUGUUUCCUUGUUGAGAAUCAGGUAUGCUGAAAAUCGAUUCUUAAUUUUGUGUAUUGUUUCUAAGUUCACAUUUGAUUCAUUGUUUCUAAAAUUUAUGCUUGAUGAUGGUGCUCAAGGACGUCUUGAGCUUUCCUGCUCGUGCAA